CGGAUGGAGUUCCAAGCCCGAAUCCCUUACAGGCUCCCACAGUCCUUAGGGACGGCGAUUCAAAUCUGUGCCUUUAACGCCCAAGACACGCCUCCGCGUGCUCCAAGGGACGCCGCGCUCCGGUCAGGGAAUGCCCGUUAAGGAGAGGCGUGGCUUCCGGGAGAUUGGUCGUUCCGGAUUCUGUUUUGGAACACGGUGGGGGGCGGGGAUCCCAACGGCCCGUCUCUGAUUGGACGCUUGAGUAGUCAGUCCUCAGCGAGCCGAGCGUCGGGGUUUCGCCCCCUUGGUUUUGGGUUUGCGGCUGCGCGUUGGGAAGCGAAGGCUGGAGGUUAGCAGGGGGUCGGUGCUGGCUGGGUCUCGGUGAGGGGGAGGAGCAGGUGGAGGUGGAAGUGAAGGAGGAAGAGGAGGACGAGUCACUCACCGUGGGCCGGGUCUUCUCUUCUCAGGCGAUGCGGUGAAGCAGCAGCGCAGGUGGAUCAUGGCAGAGUUCUCCAAGAAGAGGGGAAAGCAUCGAGAUGAUGACCCACUGAGCAGUGCUGUGGAUUUCCUCUUGGCCAAUGCCAGGCUGGUACUAGGAGUGGGUGGUGCUGCUAUCCUGGGGAUCGCCACCCUGGCAGUGAAGCGGCUCAUUGACCGUGCUACCAGCCCACCUGACAAGGAUGAUGUUAAAGCUGAGCAGAAGUCUAUUGAAGAAAGUUGGCAGGAACUGAAUUUGCUUAAGACUUCAACUAGACUCCGGCCGAAACAGAGGCGAGAAGACCUCAGCCAGCCACAGCCUUCCUCAGCCCAGGCUCCUCCUCGUGCCCCAGAAUCAGAACCACCCAGAGAUCCUAUGGCCGUGACUGUGUCCAAAUUCAGCCCCAGUCCCCCAACACCAUUAUGCCUUACACUGCAGGAAAGACUCCUCACAUACUAUCAGAACCACGUAGUUGUCUCUGAGUCGGAGAUCGCCCUGGCCAAACAGCUGGCUAGUGACAUUGCCCACGAGUUGCAGAAUUACUUGCGCAAUAAAUUUCCUGAGCUGCCUUUUGGGAACAUAUCUCCAAGCAGCACCCUGCAUGAUGGGUUGGAGGCCGUGGCCGCUGACCACACUUGCCUGCUAGUGCCACUGGUGCUAGAGCCCAACCUGUGGAGCUUCAUUCCUGGAGAAGACACCAUUGUUAAUGAUCCUUACUACUGGGUGAUUCGAAGGACUCAGCUGGAUUACUUUCCCAGAGGGAAUAGCCCCUGGGACCGGUUCAUGGUAGGGGGUUACCUCUCCUCCAGUGUCCUCCUUGGGGCGCUCCGGAAGGUGCUGGUGGGUUCUGUCAACUGGCCAGCUAUUGGCAGCAUGCUGGAUUGCCUCAUCCGCCCUGGAGUGGUCUCAGAAGAGCUCCUCCUGGAAGUUCAGCACGACCAGUUGGAGCUGAGCAUCCUCAUCUUUCCCACUGCACAAAGAGAGGACCGGGCCCUGCUGGCCAAACCUCAGGAGGGGCUGUUAGAAAAUCUCUGGCAGCGGGACUUCUACCAGGCAGAGGUCUCCAAGCUGCAGGAGCUGGAUAGUGCAGAUUCUGGGGUCCGGCGCCUCUGCCUCCAGCUCCUGCAAGGCAUCUGCAGACACCAUCCCUCCCUAAGCAGGCUGAGUGUGAGCCACUUGGCCCAGGUCAUCCUCCACCUCAGUGAGACAGACACAGACUGGGCUGAGGAGUCUUUAGCAGAUCGGUUCCAACAGGUGAUAAUAGAGCUGAUUGGCUAUCUGGAGGAGGGGUCUCUCCCCUGUUAUUUUAAUCAGCACAUUAAUCUUUUUAGCAGGUUGCAGGAAGAAGAGAUAGAUGACAUGGGCUUUGCUCUGUAUAAUGCUGUGAUGGCACCAGAGCUUUUGUUAACAUAGACAGAAUGAUUAAUGAAAUGUGAUCUUGGAAUAUUUUUUUUAUAUGCUUAGCUUCUUCAGUUCUGGAAAUUUAAGGGGACAUGUAAAGAGUUUUUCCUCUUAUUUUCUAGCCAGUACAAGGUAGACACUUUGGAGAAAUAAAGAGGGUAUAUUUAUUAAGCACACUGAGUUGGCAGCUGUUUUGGGCAUAGAUUGGAACAAACUUAGAGUUCUGUGCCUCUGAGCUCACUGAAAUGUUACCAUAUCUUAAGAGCCUUUGCCUGAGCAGUCUUGAGCCAAAUCCAAUUGGUGGUAACCAGGCCACCAUCUCUCUUCACUUGACUCCUCUUUAUGGGGAUAACGCCUUUUUGGAAAGACAAAGCCCUAAGUCUUGAACAGAAACUGAACAGCCUCUUUUAUCUUGGGUGACAGGCAAAAGACAGAAGAUUCCCUUUCCCUAUAUUGUAAGCCCAGUUGGCUUCCUUGAGACUGAACAAGUAUUUCUGGGACAAAAUACAUUAUGUCACCAGCACUGAACUAAUUGAUCAUAUGAAAAUCCUGAAAAGUGAUGGGAGGGGAAGGAAAUUAAACCUUUUUGUAUCUAGGAGAAAAUUAUUUGCACCAGUUUCCCCUUUCUUAUGAUAGUAAUUGAGGCUCCAGAUUUUCUGGGGACAAUAAAGAUAAGAGUAUAGUUGUCUAAGGAGUUCAGAAUGUAUUCUGUAUUCUAAGCUUCUCUGAAGGAAGUAAAAUAUUUUACUCUGGCCACUUUAUGCAAAGUUGGUUUUGGUCAGCUUUUACCUCCCCAUCAUUCAGUCUAGCUGAGGUAGGCAACCAUGCAUUGGUCUGCAGGAAAUCUCAUCUUCCUUCAGGUAGAGCUUUCUCCAAUGGAAUCUAUUCCAUGAGAUGGCGCCAACCAAGAGUGAAAUCCUUGCGGCUGUGUGUCUUGCCUUUGGAAAAGAAAUGUUUUCUAGUGGCUGCUAUUAAAUUAAUUUGGAUACUAAGAGCAUUAUGCUGAAGUGAACAGUUUUCAAAGAGACUUUGUUUCAGAACCAGGUCAUUUGUGUGCCAAAAUGUAUCAUUCACAGU